GCAGUUAACAGUUACGAGAUGCCUGUUUUAUCCAGAUGGUUCAUCGGCAACAGUAAUGCUUAUGAUUCAUCGCAAUCGAACCGUCUGAUAGCUUUUCGUGCUUGAUGCGCUCCAGCUGAGAGGAUGAUCCGGACAAAGCCGUCAGUCACUUUCAAGAAAAGAUGACCAACCAAUUUAAUCCACAAGAGGUGGCACGCAAUAUUAAAACUCUGCCACCAGGCUGCCAGAAGCUUUCAGCCGGAAUGCAACACCGAUGGAACAGAGCAAUACCAGAGUCCGACUACAUUCAGCUGGGAACGUUACGCUACGGAGUGCGGCUUUCGAAUCCGAACCUGAAUGCUGCGAGCGAUGACAACGGAAUUUCCACAAACAAUAAUGGAAGCACCCAACAUUCCAGGCUAUCUACUGAUUCCUACGACCACCAUACGAACGGAAGUAGCGUUCUGAGCGCCGGUGGCACCAGCAGCAACAGCAGUCGGGUCAACGAUAGCUGCUGCUGCAUCGGAGCCAAUGGCAUUGAUAUGCCCUGGAACAGUGGGUACGUGCGAACACGAUUGCCUGUGCCGAGUAAUUUGGCUAAGAAUAGAAAAUCGUCGCCCUCAACAUCAACAUCAUCGUCUUCAUCGUCAUCCUCUCAUCGGCAGCUGCAUCAAGCUCAGAAGCAACCCAGUACACAACAAGGAAGCAGAGAAAAAUUGCAGCACGGUAACGAGUCAACAACGGCGGUUUUAUCGAACAAUUGCAACAACAAUAACAACAGCACAGAUGCAGGUGUUGAUAAACACAAUCAACAUCGCGAAUCGUCUCCUGCGUCAGUUUCAGGUGUGUGCUGUUACAGCAACAAAUUCGGUAGUGCUUCCAACAAGAAUGCUAAAAAUAAUAAUCUAGUUAAAGUGAGUAACAAGUACUCGGACAGCAAGAGGCUGAAGAUAGUGAAUAACAAAGGUGAACACAAGGAUACUGUGCCGUACGAUGAAAAUCGAACUAGUAGGAAUCGGAACGGAUUCGGUUAUGGUGAUUCGCGCAAUUUGAACGAAAAGUGGUCGUCGGGUAGUACCGUAUAUGAUGCCGUGAGUAGUGCUCAGGAACAUGGCAAUUUUUCUUCUACGAUCAGUGGGAAAGAUCCACUAAGCGGCAGUGAAGUCAGUGUGAAGCAAAACGAUGGCGAUGAUUUAAAUUUAAAUUUCAGAAACGCACAGCAGUCAAAAGAGCCACGGUUGAAAGAUGUGAACAUAAAUAAUUUUAAGAAAAAGAAUACGUCGUAUGGUGUGUAUUUUGGACCGAAUUCAAGUGUGGGUCGGACGGGAAUUAACAACAAAAAUAAUAUCGGGAAAAAUACCACCACAAGGGGCGAUGAUAUUUGUACAGACGAGUUGUCCUCAUCUUCGUCGUUGUCGCCUAGGUCACCAUCACCUUUGCCUCUACCACCACCAACAGUAGCAGAUUCGUGGUUGUUUAACGAUCGCGUGAAGCUAACACCACCUUGCUCACCGAUACCGUCGUGCUCCGGUUCAUUCAACAAGAAUUCGUCACCUUUCGAGUUAACCACGCGAUCGGAAUCAUCGCCGAUCGGAUUUUCACCACCCAGCACGCCUCAUCAUACGAGGGUGCGAGCUUUCAGUGAUUCAAACGGCUGCUAUACAAACUACAUCGAUGAAAACAAUCGAUUCCGUAUAAAUAGAGCAGCCGUUCAUAAAAACACCUACGACUUCGAUGGCAAACAAAAUACUGUGAAAAAUCGCAUCAACCCGCAAUCAAAAAACGAUAUUCUUUCUCACAGGGUUGAGGAGCUUAGAAAAAGUUCACUUCCUGUAAUAAAUCACGCGAAUAUUUUUCGAACACAACCAUAUCCCAAAUUUUCCUCCGAUAUUAUUAGUACAAAAGGCAAUGGUCGCUCAGAUGAUCCUUCCUCGUCUGUCGUGAUUUGCCAAAUUACACCAAAACUACCGCCUCGAGGAUCUGCCGUCAAUCAGACUAAUGCCGAUGUCCGAUUGCAGUCACUGAGCAGAUACUGUGCUCAGAAUUUGAAUUCAAAUGCCAACAACGAUAGUUCCAGUGCAACCGAAUUGGAGGAUUUUACCUUCAUCGAUUCAUCGGAUAUUUCAUCCACUGGAGACGACGUUAUAACUGUGAUCAAUGAGGAAGAAUACCGUGAAUAUCAUAAGUUUUUAUCGAUACCAAAACUCGACGGAUAUUCUGAAGAAUCAUGUCAGAGUGGUUGUGAUAGUGUCCAGAACACCAGCAACAACUAUGGCGGAUGUUCGUCGGAUGAAUUGAGUAGUGUGUGUAGUGGUAGUGAUUCAGUUCCAACAUCAGUAGUAAACAAUUUCAAGGAAGAAGCAAAACGGAAUUUCCACACGGUGAAGUACAAAAAGUGUAACGUGACGAAUUUCAAAUCAAGUGCCAGUGCUAGUGGAAAUCAAGCGGGUUGCGGAGAUCCAUCUCCAGUUGAUAGUGAACAGAACGUUGCUACUGUCAGUGGGCACAGCGAUAGCAAUAACAAUCAGCGUUUAAGAAACACCGACGAGCUUAAAUAUAAUUCAUCUAAUAAUAGCCACGAGGAAAACGACAGAUCAAGUGGUGGAGCAGAAUCGACCUCAAGAGGUCGGAAUUCUAUGCAAUUCGGCUUCAAUAAUAUUUCACCGGAUAACUCUUCUAGCAGUUUAAAUUGUUUCGGGAGAAAUCAGCUGCAUGCCAGGACAUCGCCUGAGAAGUCGAUAAUGGAAAAACGGAACAACACGUUAGAUCGACUGCAAAAACUUGUAAAAAAGACUACAUCUGGUUCGAGUGAGAGUAAAGCAGGAGACAAACACGGAGUCACCAAAACGGAGCGCCUCAGAGAACUGACAGAACUUUUGAAAGGAACACGUGCUCCCCCUGUGCCACCUCCCAGAAGACCAAAAGCUUCGCAGAGCCUUGAUAAAACCUUCGAACGUCCGAAUGUCACAAGUCUCUCCAGUGCUAGUCUUUUGAAUAUAGAUGCUCUACGAGGAGAGGAUGGUGGAAGUAAUUUGGUGAAAUCUAAGGAAUCCCGUUCAAUUGAUUUUCCGUACCAGCUAGUGGAAGGCAAUCGAGCAUCUACUCCCAGUUCUCCUUUGAGUGAACAUAAAGCUAUCCUCCGUGCGAAUGUAAGCACGUCUAAUUUAGAAAGCCUGCAAAGUUGUUCUGCCAAAGAAACCAAUAAUGCCGUUGAAAAUCCCAACGCGUCAUUCAAGGAGGAUGAUGAAAUAUUUACCAAAUUACCCCGACCAGAAUCGAGAACGAUCGUUGGUUCCUAUACUCAAAAAACUAUUCCAUUCCGAAGCGCAUCAUUUUCCCAAGUAGACUAUUCAUCAGGAAAAUAUAUACGAUCAGCCUUAGGUGCCAUUAAAAACAGCUUGAUGCGCGGGAAGGAGAGUUCAGUUAUAGACAAUGUGACGCUACCAAGAAAUAAAAAAGAAUUCACUCGAAGCUGCAGUCCGGCUCAUAUAUCGACGACAUCUGAACCAGGAGUGUCAUUUGACGAAAAUUGUGGGUCAAGAGCUACGUUGAAGAAAACAGAAAUUAAUAUCAAUCUAAUCCCACCGGACAGCUUUGAACGAGUUGAAGGAUUCGACGGAAAAGAACAUUCGUCGAACAGGAACUCCGAUAUUGAAACUAUCGUUGAAGAUCCUGAAGCAGAGCAUUCAGAAACCAUAGAGAAUGAAAAUGCCAUUCAAAAGAAGGCAGAAAUCAACGCGGUACAGGCUUCUGAGAUGAUACUGGAGCCUUUGGUCGAAGAGGGCAUUCCAAUCAAACCGCAGUCGCUAGCCAAAGAUGAAGAAUGUUUGCAACAGGCAACCACCUGUUUGAUUCCAGUGCCUGUUUACGAUUGUGUUGUUAGUGAGUGGAGUACAGCUCGUCCUUCCGAGCAAUGGAUUGAUGCAUCUGUGACAGAAGUUAACAAAUUCACAGAUUGUCUAGACAGUAUUAUAGAGACUAGUGAGAGUAUAGCAGAACCUACCGAGAUCUACCCCCAUUCUGCGGAAACAAUUAUCAUUGAAAGUCCUCCAGAAGUUAUAGACUCCGAAAUAUCUAAACUCGAACGAGUUGAUGAAACAGAAGAACGGUUUGUAGAGCCCGUACAGGAUUGUGCAAUCAAUUUAACAAACAUUGACCAUCAAAGCAUUAUGUGCUCACCACCAGUUUCUAUCAUUUGUACGGAACCAGAUACUGAGUCAACAACCACGAUAAUUGAAACGCCUCCCACUCCUGAUGAGUCUUUGAUAAGGUUGGAAUCCAUCGAAGGAGAGAUUGUUGAAGUACGAAAACGCCAUAGUAAUAAUGAAGACAGCGGUGAAGCAUUGAGCAAUUGUAAUAGUGAGAUAGAAGAAAAACGGAGGAUUGACAAAUCUAAGAGAAGAAAAGGAAUAUACAUCCAAUGGCCGGCUAUCGACACCAAUUUGGAUCCUGAGUCGGAUUCCAAUGAUAAUGGUACGCCAGAUGAUCAUAGCUGGAGGCCAAGCAGGCUUACGAUCGAGAAAGACUCCAGUAUUGACCUUAGCGGAGAUAGUUAUACGGAUCUUAGCUCUAAGGAAAUUACUUCGUCGCCUGAGAAAUCCAGAGAUUCCAAUAUACUUCAUCGGACAGAUCCCUUUCUUUUGGGACCCAACACACCGGAUUCAGAUAUUGUGAGACCGUCAUGGCCGAGAGGAUCACGUAGGCAAAGCCUAACCUAUCAGAGCUCAGAUGAAAAAGAUGAUUCAGCACCGAUUUCCUCAAUUCCGGUGCGAUCAUUCAAGAACCUUUUCCUGCGCUCUGACUCAGUUUCAGACAACGAAAGUGAACGUGCCUCGUCCAGAGAUCGAACUAGUGCGUCACCUGCUCCAGCAAGCGAUCAUGAUUUGAAACGAUAUUCCAAAAGACCACUACGAGGUCCCUACGGGCAGAUGUUGGAAGCUGAAAUGAAGAAACCAUCCAAAGUGCAUUACAAUGAAAUAUUGGAGGAGCUCGCUAAACACGAAAGCUCACAUUCAUUUCCGUCGUUCAACAGGAUUAGAGGAACCGGUAGUCAGUCAAUGGACGAAACAAAUGACCGCCAUUCUGGUAAGCUUCUUAAGCCUAGAAAGGCUAAUGCCAAUCUGCCCCUUCCAAGCCACACCAGAACAGCUUCGAGUCCUUCAAAAUUGGCAGAACUUGGAGUGGAAAGUCCGCCAAGUGGAAGCUCUAAACGCCACCUUGGCAAUAUCGAACAGAGGAGCACGGACUCAGAUAAAUCGGAAAAAUCUCCGUGCAAACUAGAAACCAAAAAGUUUUCUCUCGAUAGUCAUCUUUCCGACAAAACUGCCAAUCGAAUUGAUCAUCACGAGAAACACAGCAAACGAAGUUCAUCGGGAAACAGUGAUAAGCACCAGAAGAGAAGUCUUGAUGAUACCAGAUAUUCACAGACAAGCCGCACACCAUCCGAGCGCAGUUUUGCUAUCAGCACGCCAGACACACCGAAGGGUUUGGUAGCUUCCCCAGAAUUACUAGCAGAAUUAUUGAAAGGGUCAAGUGAAAAACUCGUUACAGAACAGCUCACAGGUGGCGCCAGUCCAAAUAGCGCAAGUAAUGCGCUUCCUACAGCUGUUCUCAAGUGCCUGGACACAAGAACGCACGUGGUGGUAGAGCUAUUCAACACGGAAAAAUCAUACGUCGAAUCUUUACAGACGAUUGUACUGAAAUACCUAAACCAGCUGAAGUCACCAGAAAAUGCCGGUCUAGUUGACACUCAAACGGUCGACGAAAUAUUCUUCAUGGUUCCAGCGAUUCUCAAUAUCCAUGAACGAUUUCUGGAAGAAUUACGAAGGCGUCUGGAUGCAUGGGAUCCAAUGCAGAAAAUUGGAGAUGCAUUUGUUGACGUAUUCUCGAGACCGGUCAUCCUAGAUACGUACACGUCAUUUGUGAACAAUUGGAAUCGGGCCAAGGAUGCCAUACGCACGACACGACAAAAGUGCCCAGCAUUUGCACGGUUUCUGGAGGCGAUGGCACGUGAACACAAGGGCAAAUUGUCACUAGACAAUUUGCUCAUAAAACCUGUACAAAAGUUUCCAAAUUAUGAAUUAAUAUUAUCAAGACUGAUUAAACACACCGAUAUUGAUCAUCCCGAUCAGAAGCCAUUACAAGAAGCUUUAAAGUUAGUGCACGAUAUCCUAAUGUUUCUCAAUUGCAAGGAAAAGGAAGCCCUGGAGAAUGGUCAGCGUGAAACGGCUCUGCGCGAGCUGGAAGGUGUGAUAGAGGGUAUGAACGAUCUGGUAACAGCAGAUCGCGCUUUCUUGCUAUUUGAUCUCGUUUCAAUGCCUUCGGGUCAAGCGACACGGAAGGAGCGGGGAUUUUUCCUCUUCAAUGAUCUGUUAGUCAUAACCAGUAUUAAACGGCGCAGCGGCACUAUUCGGAAAACCAAUAUAACAUGUCCUGGUAGCGUUGCCUCAACCCUGGAUACCAAUAAGUAUAAAUUCCUUACCAAGAUUUCAUUGGAUGACCUGGAGAUUGUGAAGUCUAAAGAUGAAAAUAUUCGUCGCAUAAUGAAAGAGAUCGAACAUCUAUCGGACGAUUCCAACAAGCUGUCACAAAUAUUCGACCUGGCCGCCAGUCUAAGAUGCCCUCAUCAAUUGCUUGAGGAGGCAAUUCGAGACCUACAGCGAGAGGUUCAACGCCAACUAUCCGAAAGGCAAACAAACGAUGCUCAAUUAAACAUACUGGAACUGAUGCUGAACUCAUCGGGCGGUAUUCAAAACAUGACGGUAGUAUUUUCCAAACCGGACAAAAGGGCUCAAUGGGAAGAAGCAUUUACGGAGGCGAAACAGAAGCUCGCCAGCGCCUUGGAACGUUGUCAGAUUCCAGAAUUUGUGGUAUCCGUGCCAAUUAGGAAAACUCGUGCUGGCCUUCAAUUCACCUGUGCCUCCCCAACGCUUGGCAUCCAACGGGAUGUGUGGGUAUGCAAUAGCGAUGGCUACGUUGGUCAAGUUUGUGUUUUAAGUCUGGUGCCAGAACCGACAGUCACUAGUUGUAACGGCGUUUGUAAUGCCAGAAUAUUGUGCGUGGCUUCCGUUCCCGCUUCCGAUGAUAGCCAUUCUAGUCAUGCGAAUACAAGCAUCAAUAUUUCCAUUCAAGAACCUCCGACAUCCAUUGCAAGUACAAUAAACUCGAUAGUCAAUUCCAAACCCCGGGAGAAAAGAAAGUCCAAAACAACAGACGAUUCAACUGCUGAUGGUAGGAACUCCAGUAACAUACAGCUUGAAUCAGAUAGUUCCAGUGAGGAUUCCGAAACUGAAAGUCAACCUGAGCGCACGGCUAGUCCUUCCAGUAUGACAAUGGCGUCCACUGUAUCGACAGUACCACCGGUUGCGCAGAGGCAACAGGAGUCAAACUCUGAAGAAGCUGAUUCCCAGCAGUCUACCAUGUGGCUUGGCACUGAAGAUGGUUGUAUUCACGUCUACAAUUGUACCGAUAACAUUCGAAUCAAAAAGAACAAAAUCAAGAUUCCACACAUAAGUGCUGUAUAUUCGAUACUGUACUUGAGUAAUAGAGUAUUUGUUUCGUUAGCUAAUGGUGAUGUGUGCGUCUACACGAGGGAUCACAGUGGUUGGAAUACUACAACACCUCUUACAAUAUCGGUUGGAACGGUUACGAGUCCCGUUACAAAGUUACUCAACGUGCAUGGAAAACUGUGGUGUGCUAUUCAAGGAUGCAUCAAGGUGUUGAAUACGACAACGUUACAGGUGGACAGUCAAAUUCAAAUUUCUAACGAUUCAAAACCAAUUACAAACAUGACAGUAUUAAAUGACUACGUGUGGAUAUCGGUGCAAAACUCAGCACAUAUCAAGUGCUGUCAUCAUGAAAGCUACGAAGUGAUUUUUGAAGUAAAUCUAGCUCCAUCCGUGAACAAAAUGCUAUCCAACUGUGAUGACAUAAUUCGGCAACAUAAAGCAGCUUGUCUACGAGUGACUUCGUUACUGGCAUGCAAAGACCUAGUUUGGGUAGGAACCAGCGCCGGUGUACUGCUUACAAUUGCAGGAUCAAACAUUAGCAAAGGGUCAUCUCCUCCGGUGGUAACAGGAAUACCCCACGGACAUACAGGUCAUGUACGUUUCCUAACGUAUGUGGAACACCCAGACAACGGCAGCUCAGAUGAUUUAUCCAAAAUAAGCGACAGUAAAGCAGAAAUGGCAAAGACUAACACAGGUCGAACUUUGCUGGUGAUAUCGGGAGGAGAUGGAUAUGAAGAUUUCCGCAGCUCUGGCAAUAAUACGAUGAGCGAAAUUGCUGGACGGGAGGAUAGCACAAAUCAUUUACUUCUUUGGCAUGUCUAACCAUAAAGGCUUUUGUUUCGUAACUAUACGUUUAUGCCACAAACAAUUUUUUUUGCCGCACUUGAAGUACUAAGUACUGUCAUUUUGCCUCUUUUGUCUACAUAAAACUAUAUUUGGCAAGCUGGACUUGCUAAUUGUAUUAUUUUGCUUAAAGAUCGUUGCGCUCAACAACAUUCGUUUGUGUAAAAACCUAAUUUAUUUUAUAUAUUGUACGACAAUAAUAAACCCUAACGUGGGACAACAAUUCCAAAGCAGAAUUAGUUUUCGAAAAAGAUGUUUGUAUGGCUUUUUGGCAUGCUUGCACAACAUGUAAAUGUGAAUAAACAUAGGAAUUGUUACGUAGUUUGAUACCGUAGAAGUUUUCAAUGGCCUAAAUCUGGAUAAAAUCUCCUUUGAAUUGUCCAAAACAAGGUUUCACCUGUCAUAAAAGCGGUUAGAGUUUACCCUGUGUACAUUUUGUAUUCGUUUGCACUACCGAUUUGUCGAAAACUGUGAAUAUUUAUGCAGUACUAUUCAAACUGUUUUUUAUGACUGUUGAAGUAUUACAUAUACUCAUCAUAUAAACGUUACUGUAUUAAAUGCACUUCACAAUAAAAACAAAUAUUUCAUAAAACUUUUGUACUUACCACCAACGCAACCAAACUCGCGUAUUUGCUACAACUUCAAAUACUUGCUAUAUUCUCGGCAAAUUCAUAUUUUUUUUUCUAUCUCACAGCUCGUUAUUCGAAUCCACACAGCAAACUGGAAACUUUUCCAUAUUUCAUUUCUGAAACUUAAUCAUAUUAACAAACGUGAUUGAAACGGCGUUUUCGCAAUAUUAAAACAUUUAUAGAGAAUAUUCCAAGAAAACAAAGAUAAAGGUUCAACUUAUUGAAUAGAAAAAAGAUCAUAUAUCAAUGUUUAAAUACCUGAGUAAUAACACGUUAUUGUGUGACAGAGAAACCUAUAUUUAGCUAAUAUUUAUCGAAUUGUACUUAGCAAGGUAACAUUAGUUGAACGUUAAUUUAUUUACGAAAAACGAACACGCAUACAGGAAUUCGUAUCGUUAUACACGAAAAAUUCAAGCUGUAACAUGUAUGGAACCAUUAAUAAACAAAGAAUUGCUGUUAUAUAACAA